CUUCCCCUCAAGGCCCUUCACCAUGUCCGCUGCCCUCCUUUGGACGCUCUCUAACACCUCAGUAUCCUCCUUACAUCGUGGCGCCUAAAACUGCACGCAGGACUCAAGCCAUGAGCUCCGGAGCAGCAGCGGGGCCGAUCUUCGCUGAGGGCGAGGACUGCAGGGCAGCCUGGAGGGAAGCCACGGCGGGCUACGAUGAGCCCGAUGCCCACCUGGAGAUCCUGGGCAAGCCGGUGAUGGAGCGCUGGGAGACUCCCUACAUGCACUCGCUGGCCACCGUGGCCGCCUCGAAGGGCGGCCGCGUGCUCGAGGUGGGGUUCGGGAUGGCCAUCGCAGCCUCCAAGGUGCAGGAAUUCAACAUCGAGGAGCACUGGAUCAUCGAGUGCAACGAGGGCGUUUUCCGGCGCCUGGAGCAGUGGGCCAAGGCACAGCCACACAAGGUGGUGCCCCUGAAGGGGCUGUGGGAGGACGUGGUGCCAACGCUGCCGGACGGGCACUUCAGUGGGAUCCUGUACGACACCUACCCGCUGUCGGAGGACACCUGGCACACGCAUCAGUUCAACUUCAUCAAGGGCCACGCUUUCCGCCUGCUGCGGCCCGGAGGGGUCCUCACCUACUGCAACCUGACCUCGUGGGGGGAGCUGCUCAAGACCAGCUACAGCGACAUCGAGAAGAUGUUUGAGGAGACGCAGGUGGGGCCGCUGGUGCAGGCGGGGUUCAAGCGGGAGAACAUCAGCACGAGGGUGAUGGAGCUGCAGCCGCCCCGCGAGUGCCGCUACUACUCCCACCCCAGGAUGAUCACCCCCACCAUCCUCAAACACUGAGGGGCCAGCGCCGGGGAGCAGGGGUUGGGCAUGUGCUGAUGAGGAGGAGAAAAGCUCUGAUCUCCUUUGAUGCCCCUGAGAGAUCCGAGCGGAUUCAUCUGGAGGUGGGGGGAGAUUUGGGAUGGAAGUGCUGGAUUCCAGGGGACAAAAGGACAGGAAACUCCCUGCCCCAGGAGCCCUGUGCCCUGGAGGGGUCUUGUGGGCUCUGUGGAAGAAGAUCCCACCCUGCUCUGUCCCCUCAAGACUUGAAAUUCUCAAUUAAGCUGGAAUUUCAGAGUGGGGUUCGGAGCCUUUGGCCAAAGGGGUUCCAGAACCAGCCAUUUCCUCUAAAAAUGGGAUCAUUUUGAGAAAUCACAGGUUGGCUUCCCACAAGAGCCAAAUAAUCCAAACCAGGUGGGAGAAAUAGGGCAUUUUGAGGCAUUUCAGCUCCUCCUGAAGCAACUCCCCAGGGAAGCUUCCCAACAUCUUUGGCCAAAGCCCACGGCAGCAAAUCCCAGCCCCAGCACCCCCCCACAGCUCCAUUAAUGUUUCCUCUCUUCCUGGAAGGGAUAACGUCCAUUAAAAGGAAUUAAAUACCCAAA